CCCCGCCCGGCGGCUAGCCCAGUGCGCGGGCCCGCGGCGCUCCCCUGUCCACCCGGCCGGCUGCUCGGCCGCGACCGCCCCGCGCUCGGACAUGGCUGGCAAAGCACACAGGCUAAGUGCUGAGGAGAGGGACCAACUGUUGCCAAACCUGAGGGCUGUGGGGUGGAAUGAGCUGGAAGGCCGCGAUGCCAUCUUCAAGCAGUUCCAUUUCAAAGACUUCAAUAGGGCGUUUGGGUUCAUGACAAGAGUGGCCCUGCAGGCUGAGAAACUGGAUCACCAUCUUGAAUGGUUUAAUGUGUACAAUAAGGUUCACAUCACCCUGAGCACCCAUGAGUGUGCAGGCCUUUCAGAACGGGACAUAAACUUGGCCAGCUUCAUCGUACAAGUAGCAGUGUCCAUGGCAUAGAAUCCUGCCUUUCCUCUCUUAAUUCCUCGGGGUUAGCAGGUGACUAAACUGGAACCCAGGGAGGGAACCAAGAAGACCUUGCUGCAAGUCAGAAUUGCCAAGUCAAUCUUGUUGCCUCUGUUUGGAGGUGAGUCUUUGCUGUGGAAAGAGGCAAUGACUGCUUCACUGCCAACACCAGGAUUGAAGACCUUUCCCCCGACACCACUCUCUUCAUUCUUGGGGCUCUGUUAUGUGUACGCUCAUUUAAAUAAGCUUUUCCCUUUCUUUGUAAUUUCCCAGCAACAGUAAUUUCCUUCCCAGUUGUGUCUUGCUCCUUUUCUAAUUCAUUUCACAAGAAGCUGUGAUAGAGGGUGAAACAAAGUCCUAUCAUGGAAACCAAAGCCCUAAAGUGAUGAAAACACAAUGUGCUUUUAUUCCUCAAAUAAAACUCUUGUAUUUCUCA